AUGACAUUCAGAGAUGUAGCCAUAGACUUCUCACAGGAAGAAUGGGAGUACCUGGACCCAGCUCAGAGGGACUUGUACAGAGAUGUGAUGUGGGAGAACUAUAGCAAUUUUGUCUCACUAGGCCCUUCUAUUUUUAGACAAGAUGUGAUUACCUUAUUGAAUGAAAAGGAGCCCUGGAUGAUUAUGAAGGAAGGAGAAAGAAAACAAUGCUGUGAUUUGGAGUCCAAAUACAGGACCAAUGAUUUAUCUCCAGAAAAGGACGUUUGUGAAAUAUAUUCAUUCCAGUGGGAAAUAAUGGAAAGAAUUAAAAGCGAUAGCCUUCAGGCCACCAUCUAUAGAAAUGACUGGGAAUAUGAAAGCAAGAUUGAGGGGCAAAAUGAACUACAAGAGAGAGAUUUCAGUCAAGUGAAAAUGACCCCUGAAAAAAUAGCCAACUACAAAAAACACAAUUAUCUCACUCAGUAUCAGAGAGUUCAUAAUGGAGAAAAGUUAUAUGAAUGUAAAGAAUGUAAGAAGACAUUUAUUCGCCGCUCAACACUUAGUCAACACCUGAGAAUUCAUACUGGUGAGAAACCUUAUAAAUGUAAGGAAUGUGGGCAGGCCUUUAGACAGCGUGCACACCUUAUUCGACAUCAUAAACUUCAUACUGGUGAGAAACCUUAUGAAUGUAAGGAAUGUGGAAAGGCAUUUACAGUGCUCCAAGAACUUACUCAACAUCAGAGACUUCAUACUGGUGAAAAACCCUAUGAAUGUAAAGAAUGUAGAAAGGCCUUUCGUGUACAUCAGCAACUUGCUCGACAUCAGAGAAUUCACACUGGUGAGAAACCUUAUGAGUGUAAGCAGUGUGGGAAGACCUUUCGACAGUGUACACACCUUACACGACAUCAGAGACUUCAUACGGCUGAGAAGCUCCAUGAGUGUAAGGAAUGUGGAAAAGCCUUUGUGUGUGGGCCAGAUCUUAGAGUACAUCAGAAAAUUCAUUUUGGUGAGAAACCAUAUGCAUGUACGGAAUGUGGAAAGGCUUUUAGAAUAUAUCAGCAACUUACUGUCCAUCAGACCAUUCAUACUGGUGAGAAGCCCUAUGAAUGUAAGGACUGUGGGAAGACUUUUAGAUUAAGGCAACAACUUGUUCGCCAUGAGAGAAUUCACACUCGUGAGAAACCAUUUGCAUGUAUGGACUGUUGGAAGACCUUUAGUAGUUACUCACAACUUAUUUCACACCAGAGCAUUCACAUUGGUGAGAGACCCUAUGAGUGUAAAGAAUGUGGGAAGGCAUUUAGGCUGCUGUCUCAACUUACUCAACAUCAGAGUAUUCAUACUGGUGAGAAACCUUAUGAAUGUAAGGAAUGUAGGAAACCCUUUCGACUCCUCUCCCAGCUUACUCAGCAUCGAAGUAUUCACACUGGUGAGAAACCCUAUGGAUGUAAAGAAUGUGGAAAGGCUUUUAGACUUUAUUCAUUUCUUACUCAACACCAGAGAAUCCAUACUGGUGAGAAACCCUACAAAUGUAAGGAAUGUAAGAAAGCCUUUCGACAACAUUCACACCUUACCCAACAUCUGAAAAUUCAUAAUGCCAUUUGA